AUGAAAUCGUCAAUAGUUGUAAUUGCCAAUAGUGUAGUCGCCGAUAGUGUAAUCGCCGAUAGUGUAAUCGCCAAUAGUGUAGUCGCCAAUAGUGUAGUCGCCAAUAGUUUAGUCACCAAUAGUGUAGUCACCAAUAGUGUAGUCAUCAAUAGUGUAGCCGCCAAUAGUGUAGUCGCCAAUAGUGUAGUCGCCAAUAGUGUAGUCGCCAAUAGUGUAGUCGCCAAUAGUGUAGUCGCCAAUAGCAAUAGCGUAAUUGCUAAUG